GGAACUGCCAAAAAAACGCAUACAAGUAAAACAACCUUUUGUUCGCCUUUCCGUGAAAACCAAACUUUGAGAAUCAUAUAAUGGCCUCUACCGCACCACCUAAAGCUUCUUGGGCUGAUGAAUAUGAAGAUGAAGAAGAUUCCUUCCAACCCCAAGUCUAUACUGAUGAAGACGGCAAUAAAGUCGUCAUUGAAUAUAGAGAAAACGAUGACGGAAAGAAAGUGAAGGUUACUCGUAAGAUUCGCUCCAAACUAGUUACUGAACAUGUUAAUAAAGCAGUUGCAGCUCGUAAAAAGUGGGCGAAGUUUGGUGAGGAAAAGGGUAAGAAGCCUGGACCCGAUUUAUCAACAACUACUAUCGGUGAAAACAUUCCACUCAAGUUAGGAUCUAAUACCGGCAAGAAUGUUGAAGCAGUAGCUGAACAAGAAGCCAAGGAUAAAUUAGCCAGUCAACUCAAAUCUAAAAAUAUUGCCUGUCGUAUUUGUAAAGGCGAUCAUUUCACCUCUAAAUGUCCUUACAAAGAUACAAUGCAACCUUUGGAUGAAAUCGCUUCUACCGUUGAACAAAUGAAACUAAGCGAUAGUGCUGCUGUCGCUGAUAAGUUAGGCAGCCCCAGUUUAUCAGCCAUCGAUUCACCUGCGGGCAACAAAUACACACCUCCUCAUCUCCGUAAUAAACUUGGUGGUGCUAGCUCUCCUGCUGCUGGUGAAUCUAUGCGUGAUAACAAACGUGAUGAUUCUGCUACUCUUCGUGUCACCAACUUAUCAGAGGAUGUAACAGAUAGUGAUAUUCAUGACUUAUUCAAUCGCUUUGGUGCUAUUGCUCGUGUUUAUCUUGCUCGUGAUCACAAAACAAAUCUCUGUAAAGGUUUCGCAUUUGUUUCUUUCCAUGAUCGUGAAGCAGCUGAAAAGGCUCAACAAGCCAUCAAUGGUUAUGGUUAUGAUAAUCUUAUCCUAAGAGUUGAAUUUGCUAGAAGCUCUUAAUUAUUGGAAAAAUAAAAUAAUCUUACUAUACUAUUAUAACCCAUAUUAGCUUGCAAUUCAAACCCUUCAACCUUAUCAUUAAAACAUUUUAUACACAGUAAAAAAAAGAAUAUUUAAUUUCUUCAUGGAAGACCCGUA